AUGAGCUCCGUGGCCCCGUUUCUCCAUCUCUGGCGCGUCGAUGACAUUCAGGAGCACUUGGAUGGCUUUAUUGAAACACCAUAUCGUGUUGGAGGACCCAUCCUUUGUGGCCUCUCCUUGGCCCACCAUUCUCUUCACAAUAAUGUCGACCAAGACCUCCAGAACCGGAUAAUCCACAUGGCUGGGUCGAUUCUUGACCGCAAGCACAUCGAAUUCUUGCAACUGAUGGUUGUUGACCUGCAGUCCCUGCAUCACGAUGAUGACAUUUGCCCAACAGUCUUUGUGGUCGUGGCUGACAAGCCCGCAGACGCCCUAGCCAAGGCCCGUCUACUCCAUGAUGCCAUCCGUGUGUUCCUCCCAGGGAACUGUGUGGAGAUCAUAUCCGCACUCAUGUUAAAGCCACUUCAAAGUUUCCCUGUGGCUCCAUCUGAGCCGAUCCUCCCCAAGUGGCCUGAGAUCAGUGUGAGCAUCUUGGGUACCCUUGAUCUUCGUGACAUCGUCAGCCUGGGCUGCUGGCGAUUUGGACCUGAGGACACAGCUGACAAAAACCGAACCACCAUUGUGGUGGGUGUCUACCGCGGUUCAGGCCAGUCCUAG